AUGGAAUCCUCCGUCUCUUCAGGCGAUGCCUCGAGCUCGCGAUCAAGAGCUGUCAACGACCCUGUUCUUCGAAACACAUUGCGCUACACCAUCUCAGCUCACGAAUAUGCGAGUCUGCACAAGUACAUCCUCUCUCGAUCCCGCGUGCUGCGUCGCGCAACACCAACGCCAAACCGUGUUGAAAAGGCGCUGCAGCCACCAAAAGGUGGUGAUGAUUACAACGCCAGGACAGUGCGACAUGCGCUCAGGGUGUUCGUGAUGACUUUUCUCGGUAUGAAAGGAUGGGGUAUUGUCGCGAAGAGGAUGGGCAAAGAAGAACCCAGCACUGGCGGCAAAAAGAAGCCGUUUUACAAAUCUCCUGCUCUGAGGCUGUCUAUUUCGCUUUCUACCAUUCUUCUCCUUUACAGAAUCCUCUUCCGUUUCUUCACUCGACUGCGUGUACAUCUGCUCGACCCUCAAGUCGAGCCUUUCCGUGCGCGCAAUCCCCGAACUGCAGCGAUGCUGACAUCUCCCUCUGCACCCGCCAUCGGUGCCUCAUUCGCUGGUCUGGCUCUUGGCAUUUACCCAGCGCAAAAGAUGCGUGUCACUAUCGCCAUUUACACGAUCUUCCGUGCUCUGGAGUUUGCCUACAACUUCUGUGAGGCUGAUGGCCUCAUCUGGGGCCGAAAGAACGGCGUCAAGAGGGAGAGGCCUUGGUGGUUCGGAAGCUGGAUGUUGCAGCCAUUUGCCUUUGGACAGCUUCUUCACGCUGCUGUUUUCGAUCGCGAUUGCUUCCCCAAGCCUUUUGGAGAUUUGAUCUUCAAGAGUUCAUCGGCUUACUUGCAUCCGCGCCCGCAAGAUUGGACGUCGAGCGUUAAGUGGCCUCAGACUUCUGAGAUCGUUGACAGCUUGGCUCAAAUGGCGCGACUGAGCUGGCCUGCCUAUGUUUCCCCCACUCUCUUCCCUGGCAAGGAGGUUCUUCCUCCCAGUCUCAGUGCAAUUGCGCCACUGACAUCUCGAGCUCAUCCUCUUAUCACAUCUCUCUCAUGCGCCACCUUGCACCCGGGAGACCCAUCUUGUGCCCGAACUUAUCUCACUUUCUGGCUUCAGACUUUCCCACCAUUUGCUCGCUUCUUCGUCGCAGUCUUUUCUGCGCUCACCGUCAUUCCCCGAUUCUCCAGCCUUUACCACAACCCUCUGGCUACCCUCCAGCGCAUCAUCACCAAGGCCCUCCGCAUGUCUACCUUUGCGACAGGUGCGCUCUCUACAGCUUGGGCCUCGAUCUGCUUCUUCCAGCAAUGGCUUCCACGCCACGUCCUCGCGACUCAGCGUGUCUUCCUCGGUGGUUUCUUCGCUGGUCUUUGGGCAUUCGUUGAGCGACGAAAUGGCCGUGGGCUGUUCCUGUACAGCGCCCGCGCCAGUGUCGACAGCCUCUGGAAGGUUGGUGUGAAGCGUCGCUGGUGGAAGAGCAUGAAGGGUGGCGAUGUUUGGGUCUUCAUGCUGGCACUCAUGGUCACUGGUGUUGUUUACGAGAAGGAUGCCCAAGCAAUCCGCGAGACCAACUGGCGAAAGGGAGUUAGCUGGCUUCAGGGCCAGGGAUGGAGAGACUGGGGAGCUGAGGAUGAUGAGGAUGAGGAGAACAAGGACAAGGAGGAGUGA